GGAGGGGAGACAAGAGCAGCGCAGCAGCGGGCAAGCCACCAGCCCCGAAACCCAGAAAUAAAGCUUGUACGCAGAUAAUAAAUGUUGGUAAACGACAUGGCAGUACGCGGAGAACAACAUGCCGCUCCGGGGAUAUAGGCGAUAAGGCUGAAGUCGUCUGGGAACGCUACUGGAGACGGUUUAAAACUGAAGAAAACAACACUGGGAAAAAAGAAGGGGAUUACACACAACAGUGACAAUAAAACAACACUCAUCGACAAGUGGUCUGCUUUGGUGCCGAGGGUGAAGUCCGAACAUCCCCCCAGUCUCAAAAAUACCAACAGGAAAUAUAGGUGAAGUGAUAUUCUGUUGGAAGUAUUGUAACGGUUAAUCUCAAGUAGUGUUUCUGCGUGAACUCUAAACUCAGGAAACAAUGAAGACAUAGCGAGCAAGAACUCAUCAAGUGUCUCGAAGCUGCUAGCUGUCCCGCUAGCGUUAGCUCGGUGAUUUUUGCAGGGAGCGAAUGCGAGGCGAAGCUAACGCCCGCUAGUGCAGCCAAGUAAGCUAAGUUAGCUGUUGGCUAACAUUAGCCGGCUACCUGAACGCGUUUUUGAGAAACUUUUGGUGUUGUUUCCCAGGAGCCCAAACACCGAGGGAUUAUUGUGAAAACAGAGGGGAAGGGCAGGUUCCCUUCUGGACUUUCUCCCCUCUACGUAUUUUUCUACUAUGAUGGCAGCGGAGGUCAGCAGUGAGGAUACGGGCUCGGUCGCGACAGGGACAGGGGUGGCAGGCGGAGGAGGCCCGGAGACGGCGGCCCCUUUCCCAUACUAUCCCAAGCCGAGCAGAGUCCGAACCACUGAUUUGGGGCAAGUGCCGGCACCAGCCACCCGACAGCAUUCAAACACAUCUCCGGACUCCCUUUCAGAGAUUAAUAUGAUCUAUUCCUCCAUGCCUAGUGGGGAUAUGACCGGAGCAGGGAGUGGCGUAGCAGGAGGUGGAUAUUCAGUUUUUCAAGGAACAAGCUCAGGGACAGUGGGCGGCAUGUGCUGCUCUCCAACUAUGGAGGGUCCAGCUAGUCGGAUCUCACCCACAUCAACAGGCCCGGAUGGGCCCACUGUCUUCCCACCACUUCCACCACCACCUCCUCCGCCUCCUAGCUGUGGGGGGCUCGGUGGCACUAUGGAUGAAAGCGACAUGCAAGAUGGGAUGGAAAUCGACGAAGAAGAGGUGACGUUCCCACUCUCUGCACCUCCCACUAACCAGUGGUACCAUGGCAAGCUAGACCGAACCAUUGCAGAGGAGCGCCUGCGCCAGGCCCGAAAUCCUGGCAGCUACCUCAUCAGGGAGAGCGACCGCCGGCCCGGUUCCUUUGUCCUGUCUUUCCUCAGUAUGACCAAUGUGGUCAACCACUUCAGGAUAAUCGCCAUGUGUGGGGACUAUUACAUUGGUGGGCGGCGGUUCUCAUCCUUAUCAGACCUGAUUGGUUACUACAGCUAUGUGUCUUGCCUUCUAAAAGGAGAGAAACUGCUAUCACCAGUGGCCCCUCCAGAGCCUGUAGAAGACAGGAGGAGAGUCAGGGCCAUACUUCCAUACACCAAAGUGCCAGAUACUGAUGAGAUCAGCUUCCUUAAAGGGGACAUGUUUAUUGUUCACAAUGAACUGGAAGAUGGCUGGAUGUGGGUGACCAAUGUUCGCACAGAGGAGCAGGGACUCAUUGUGGAGGAUUUGGUGGAGGAGGUGGGCCGGGAGGAGGAUCCACAUGAGGGAAAAGUCUGGUAUCACGGAAAGAUCACCAAGCAAGAGGCCUACAACCUUCUGAUGACAGUUGGUCAAGUGUCCGGUUUUCUAGUCCGGCCUUCAGACAACACACCUGGCGACUACUCCCUCUUUUUUCGCACCAAUGAAAGCAUCCAAAGGUUUAAGAUCUCCCCCACACCUAACAAUCAAUACGUGAUGGGGGGGAGGUACUAUAACAGUGUUGAUGACAUCAUCGACCAUUACAAGAAAGAACAGAUUGUUGAGGGUUACAACUUAAAAGAACCUGUUUCAGUGCAGCACCAGGAACAGGUUCUGACUGACGUAGUGGAUGGGAGAGAAAUUUAUAACACUAUCAGACGGAAAACAAAAGAUGCUUUUUACAAAAACAUUGUCAAAAAAGGCUACCUCCUGAUCAAUAAAGGCAAAGGCAAACGGUGGAAGAACCUUUACUUUAUCCUGGAGGGUAAUGACGCACAGCUCAUCUAUUUUGAAAACGAGAAAAGAGCCACGAAACCCAAAGGGCUGAUCGACUUAAGCGUGUGCUCCGUCUACGGCGUGCACGACAGUCUGUUUGGCAGGCCAAACUGUUUCCAGAUUGUUGUCCAGCACUUUAGCGAGGAACAGUACAUAUUCUACUUUGCAGGAGAGGCUUCAGAGCAGGCACAGGAUUGGAUGAAAUGCCUUCAAACCUUCUGUAAUAACCUAAGGAAAACCACUCAGCCCACCUCCAACAAGAGGCUUAGACAGGUGAGCAGCCUGGUGCUGUACGUGGAGGAGGCGCACAAGUUGCCGGCGAAGUAUUUCACCAACCCCUACUGUAACAUCUACCUGAACAGUGUCCAGGUUGCUAAGACGCACCCACGGGAGGGGCAGAACCCCGUCUUUACUGAGGAAUUCAUCUUUGAUGACUUGUCCAGUGAAAUUAACAGAUUUGAAAUCAGCUUGAGCAACAAAACAAAAAAGAGUAAAGAAAAUGACAUCUUGUUCAUGCGCUGCCAGCUAAGCCGGCUGCAAAAAGGCCAGAUGAUUGACGAGUGGUUCCCUCUCAGCUCCCACGUUCCUCUGAAGGGCAUUGAGCCUGGCUCCUUACGCGUACGUGCCCGCUACUCUGUGGAGAAGAUCAUGCCCGAAGAGGAGUACAACGAAUUCAAGGAGAUAAUCUUGCAGAAGGAGUUUUAUGUCGUCUAUGCUUUGGCACAUGUGUGCGGUCAGGACCGCUCCUUACUGGCAAGUCUCCUCCUGCGGAUCUUCAGGCACGAGAAGAUUGAAGCCCCACUACUCAGGACACUCAAUGACAGAGAGAUUAGCAUGGAGGAUGAGGCCACAACAUUGUUCAGAGCGACUACACUGGCCAGCACUCUGAUGGAGCAGUACAUGAAGGCCACCGCAACACCCUUCGUCCACCACGCGCUCAAAGACAGCAUCCUCAAAAUCAUGGAGAGCAAACAGUCCUGCGAGUUGAACCCUUCAAAACUGGAAAAGAAUGAAGAUGUGAAUAUGAAUCUGGGGCAUCUCCUCAACAUACUGUCUGAGCUGGUGGAGAAGAUCUUCAUGGCUGCUGAGAUCCUUCCACCCACUUUGAGGUACAUCUACGGCUGUCUGCAGAAGUCUGUGCAACAGAAGUGGCCCACCAACACCACCAUGCGAACGAGAGUUGUAAGUGGCUUUGUCUUUCUAAGACUGAUCUGCCCCGCCAUCCUCAAUCCCAGAAUGUUCAACAUCAUUUCUGAUCCUCCAUCUUCAACAGCAGGCAGGACCCUCACACUGGUGGCAAAGUCUGUCCAGAACCUGGCUAACCUGGUUGAAUUUGGUGCUAAGGAACCCUACAUGGAGGGUGUAAACCCUUUCAUCAAAAACAACAAACACAGGAUGAUCAUGUUUCUGGACGAGUUGGGGAAUGUGCCUGACCUCCCCGAAGCCACGGAGCACUUUAGGACGGACCUGUCCCGGGACCUGGCUGCGCUGCACGAGAUCUGUGCCACACACUCAGACGAGCUCCGGACGCUGAGCAACGAGAGGGGCUCAGGACAGCAUGUAUUGAAAAAGAUGCUGGCCAUCACAGAGCUCCUCCAGCAGAAGCAGGCUCAGUAUGCCAUGUCCAACAGCAACAGGACAGAGUGCACCAUCAUGUCACUCGCUGCUGCCAUCCAGGUAAUGUGAGUUUUCGUACGAUUUUUCACCUGAGAAUCAAAAGUGUGGCGGUUGGGCCGCACAGCCAGCCAAAGCGAGGCCUCAUCAUCCCGUGAGGUGUAGAACCGAAGACUGGAGCGAGUUUGUACUUUCCAAGCAUGUGGCCUAGAUUCCUGGUGGUAUAAAUGCAAUACGGCUGUUCUCCAUGGGAAACCCACUUGCUGCGUUUCUGAAUGCUGUCCUUCCAAAGCCCUUCUCGAAAUGCUUCAAACGAUGACGCCGUGUUUAAAGAUGGGCAAAAAGCCUCGAAAAGAUUUCUGUGAAGAUCUGAGAGACUUUACUGCAGUUUUUUUUUUUUUUUUAAAUCCUUGCUAUUCCUGCCACUCCCUCAAAAAAAAAAAAAAAAAAAAAAAAACCUGAGCAGUUACGGUUGGUGACUGACAUAGAACCAGACAAAUAGGGGGUUUGGUGGGGAGGCACCCUGAUGGGCCAACUUCUGUCUCGUGAUGACACAGGAGAAAGGAAAUCCAAAGCAUUGAAGUAGCGUUUUUUUUUUUCUGCCAUCAUCAGGGAAUUCAAACAUAGCACCUCUUGCCAAGACAACACGAGCCUUAACACCCUUUCUACUCACUGUCCUCUCACCCACGUCGCCUGAUUUUUACGAUAAGCUCUUCCUUUAAACCAUUGACGACUUCCACAGUCUGUGUGUGAACUUCGACGCAGCACGGGAGUCGCUUGUUACUUCUUUUUUUUGGCUGUUUUUUUUUUUUAAAUAUGCUGCUUUGUUUAUUGAUGUUAUAUACUUAGGCUUGUAUAGAGGAACUGUGUUUGUGUACGAUUACAGCUGAAAGGUAGUCAUAGGAGUUUGUAGGAGAUGCCUGUAACCCAUCCUGUGCAUGUGUUAAUCCUGACGGAUCCCUUAUUGUGUGUGGGCCUACAUAUAUGCUGCUCUAACAACGAUCACCGGAACUCCCCUUUAUGCCUUUUUGGACGUUUUAAAAAAAAAAAAAAAAAAAAGCUUUCACGCAUUGCAGUCUCUCUCUCUCUCUCGCUUUUCCCUCCACCAACAGGUGGCGUUUCAGUACAUAGAUCCACCCGGAGAAGUCAUGCCACGCACAGAUUUACCAACUUCAACGUCAUAACGGUUGGCCCCGUGUGCCUCGUCGUGAUUCGAGCAGCUGCAAAAGUCUGAAUCUGUGCCUGUCAUAGCGCAAAAGUUUACCACACUGUUUACUGUAGUUGCACUUAAGAUACCACGGACCUCACCGAGUGUUAGCAGACAUCUGGCGACAGAUAAGUGACAAUGUCUCCUAACAUCGCCCAGAAAUUAAAAAAACAAAACAAAACAAAAAAAAAA